ACCAGGCCGUCAAAGAUGCCCAAUUCCUCCUCUUUCUUCGCUCCAUGCACUCCAUGAGUAACCUCUCUCGCUCUCCGCCCCCCCCUCCAGCCUUGCUGCGUCUGCUCGCUGCGUCGCUCAUUACGCCAUGUGUGCAUCUCACGAUAUCGAGCUGGCCAACGCCGGCAACCACCACCGAAGCAGCCACCGUACGAGUCUAUGGCGCGGCCGGGGCGCAGAGCGCAAUCACCGCUUCCCCGCGAUGCCGUCGCGCAUCAAGAGCGCGGGAGGGAUCGGGCUGGCCUCGCUGCCCCUCGAGCUCCAGUUCCUCGUCAUCUCGCAGCUCGACCUGGUGAGCCUGGUGGCGCUGCGACAGACCAGCGCUCUGUACCGCCAGAUCAUCACCGCCGAGGUCAUCUGCAGGCAAUUCAUCGUCGAUGGCCAGCCAGACCCCGACCUCAGGAGCUGCUGCGUCGACUGCCUGUGUAUGCCGGGGCUGGAUCGCUUGAUGGUGGAUACGACGCGUGAAAGCCACCCGUGGCGGUCCAUCUGCUUCCGCUGCUGGCGCGCCCGCCCCAACCAAGACAGCAUGCGCAAGCAUUGGCCGCUCGUAGAGAUGGUCAACGGCGACUACGGCUACGUGUGCCAAUUUUGCACCUGGCCGGUCCACAACAGCUCCGCCGGCAACCGCUCCAACCAGAUGCACGCCCCUUGCCGGGUGAGGCGGCUCGUCGUCCUCCUCAUGUGGCUGAUCAUGGCCAUCAUCCAGUUUGGCCUUGGCAUGCUGGCCCUCGUCCUCGCUUGGACCACCUACCGAAGCCUGCCAACAGUGCUGAUACCCGCCACGAUCGACUUUGGUCUAGCGAUGGUUGCCUUGUGUGUGUUUUUCAUCCGCAUCAGCACUAGCAACGAUCGCACAUACAUACAAGCCCUCGCAACCGAGCUGAUAAUCACCAUCAUCCGCAUCCCUCCCGUCACCUACACGGCGCGUGAAACCGUCAUUUCAGAGAGUAACCAAGGCGGCCCGCUCCCCAAAUUUGGUUUCGGCGUCUUUUUAAUUAACCUGAUCUUCCGCAUUCUAGACUUAGUCGGAUACAGCUUAUUGAACUGCGGCUACGACCCGCGAAACAUUUUUCUGUCGGGCUUGCCUCUGAGGAAAAAGAUACUAUACGGGUUCUGCACAUUCAUGGUGUGGUUCGCGUUUAUCCCAUUUUAAAAACGCUACAUUUAUAAUGAAUAAGAUAUCCAUUUGGCCAUGGUACACGAGCAAGCGGUAAGGGGAAGCAGCAACAUUAGAAUUUAUAUCCCAUCACGGACAUGAGAUGUGGCCGCUUAACGCAAUGAGAAGAAAUUUCGUGUUUUUUUUUCUAUCGACCUUUGUUGGCCGUAUCUCUGGAUGGUGGGAGGCUGCGCCCAGAGUGCACCUGUGUAUGCGACAUCCUAGCGAUGAAUCUCAACGGAGUGAACUAACACGGAGAAGGGUUGGGGCAUAACUAUACAAAAGGGAUAACGUCAAUACCUGUGAGGCAAACUUGAACCUGAUGCCGAAUC